AUGCCCAAGGAUAACAAGGCUACCUUCAACCUCAAGACCCCCAAGGGCACCAAGGAUUGGUCGGGCUCCGAUGCCCUCCUCCGCGAUCGCAUCUUUACCACCAUCGCCAAUGUCUUCAAGCGCCAUGGCGGUACCGCCCUCGAUACCCCUGUCUUCGAGCUGCGCGAGAUCCUCGCCGGCAAGUAUGGUGAGGACUCGAAGCUCAUCUACGACCUCCAGGACCAGGGUGGUGAGAUCUGCUCCCUCCGUUACGACUUGACCGUCCCCUUUGCCCGUUGGCUCGCCAUGAACCCAGACGUGCGCAGCAUGAAGCGUUACCACAUUGCCAAGGUCUACCGUCGGGACCAGCCCGCCGUCAGCAAGGGUCGCAUGAGGGAGUUCUACCAGUGCGAUUUUGAUAUCGCCGGUACCUUCGACCCCAUGGUGCCCGAUGCGGAGGUUCUCAGAAUCGUCUCCGAGGUGUUUGAAGAGCUCGGCUGGCAGAACCGCUACAGCAUCAAGGUCAACCACCGCAAGAUUCUGGACGGUGUCUUCCAGGUGUGUGGUGUGCCUGAGGACAAGAUUCGUCCCAUCUCCAGUGCCGUGGAUAAGUUGGAUAAGAUGCCCUGGGCCGAUGUGCGCAAGGAGAUGGUCGAGGAGAAGGGUCUUGACGGCGCCGUGGCCGACAAGAUUGAAACAUUUGUCCUCCAGAAGGGUACUCGGGAUCUGCUCGAGAAGCUGUUGCAGAAUGAGGAAUUGACGGCCAACGCGUCCGCCAAGGCUGGCCUGGAGGAAAUGGGCCUGCUCAUCGAUUACCUGGAGGCCUUUGGCGUUCUUGAAAACAUCUCUUUUGACAUGUCUUUGGCCCGUGGUCUGGACUACUACACAGGUGUCAUCUACGAAGUCGUUACCGAGGGCUCCGCACCCCCAGCCCAGUCUUCCGCCCCCGAGGCCCAAAAAGUGCAAAAGUCCGGCAAGAAGGACAAGUCCAAGAACCUGGAGGAUGAUGACCGAUCCAAUGACCCCACCCUGGGUGUGGGCAGUAUCGCUGCUGGUGGCCGUUACGAUAACUUGGUUGGCAUGUUCUUGCCCAAGGCUCAGAUUCCCUGUGUUGGUGUGUCGUUUGGUGUCGACCGAAUCUUCUCCAUCACAAAGGCUCGCAUUGAGCGCGAUCAGAGCGCCGAGACCUUGCGUCACAGCGAGGUCGAUGCUUUCGUCAUGGCCUUCGGUGGUAAGGGCUUCACCGGUAUGCUAAAGGAGCGUAUGGACGUCUCUAAGAUCCUCUGGAACGCCGGUAUCAAGGCUGAAUUCGCCUAUAAACUCAAGCCCAAGCUCCCCCAACAAUUCAAGGCUGCCGAACAAGGCGGUAUCCCCUUCGCCGUCAUCCUGGGUGAAGAGGAGCUUGCCGCCGGCAAGGUCCGCGUCAAGGAGAUGGGUCUCCCAGAUGGCCACCCCGAAAAGGAGGGCGUGUUGGUCGAGCUGACCACACUUGCUGAUGAAGUCAAGAGCAGACUGGCCAAGAAGCAAACGGUCGAUGUGGCGGCUGUUACACAACAGCUUGAGGGUGUGGAGGUUUAA